UGCGAGGAGGAACACCACCCGUGCCAGAGGAGGAACGCAACCAACGCGAUCAACCUAGUUGCUGCACGAUGGUUGGCGUUGUGGUGGUGGGUGUUGGCAUGGCUGGCAGGGUGCGAAUCCAUGACCUUGGCACCCCGGACCGGCCAGGCGAGACACAAGAUCUUCACAUUGUUGGAUUUGUCUCACGGCAAGAGCUUGGAGAGAUCAACGGAGUACGGCAGAUCUCGCUGGAGGAUGCCCUGUCCAGCCCAGAGGUUCAGGCAGUCAUCAUCUGCACGGAGAAUCAGAGGCAUGAGGAACUUGUGCGCAGAAGCCUGAGUGCCGGCAAGCACGUGUGUGUGGAGUAUCCCCUCGCGCUGUCUGCCAGCACUGCCCAGGAGCUAUUUAAGCUCGCCGACACUAUGGGCAAGGUGCUGCACGUAGAACACAUUGAGCUGCUCACCUCCCAGUACAAGAUGCUCAAGCAACAGGUGGCAGCACGGGAGCCACAAGAGGGACAUCUGUACUUCACCGGCAAGCCAUUGUGCGAGAAGAAGAGUGGCUUCUUGGCAUUCAGUGGGGUGACCCGGGUCACCUGGUUCGUUGACCUGUUUGGGGAGCUCUCCGUGGAAAAGGCGAUGUUAGAGACACGUCCCGAGCAGCAAAACACGAAGCUCACUGCCCACCUUCUCACUGCUAACAACAAGUGGCUGACAUGGGUGGAGGAGCGUGGCGAGGGGCUGAUGCGCUCCAAGCAGAUGCGGAUCAGCUUCACUGACGGCAGCUGCAUGGAAUCGCUGCCGCAAGGGCCGAGAGGGCCCGAGUUCCUCUUCAUGCAGGACUUGGGCCUCUUUGCACGAAAGCUGCGUGCAGGAGCCCCCUUCCCGGACAGCGAGCACGCAGAGCGCCGUCGCAUCCUGCACUGUUUGCAGCUUGCCACUGACAUCCAGCGCCACUGCAUGCAGCUAGCGUAACAUGUCGCUCAUGGGCUUUAACAAAUAUAUCUAAUUCGCACAGAUCAUUGUCCGUGGCUCUUUGGUCAUUUCGCACCACUGUUGCUGUUGAAUAUUUGGGUGGUCAUAAAAAUGUUUUAAUAUUAACAUUUAUCCAAUUAUUACAUUGAAUAGUCAUUAAAUAUUAAUCUAUGGGUUAAGUGGAUCAGUUUAACACGUAGGCUUUUGCGACCAAUGUUAUCCAUAAUCAACGUUUUUGGGUUUAGAUCGCGUUAACUAUUUGUCUUUGUCAACGUGACACAUUUUUACUGAUUGGCCGUGUCGGGUGGUGGAGGGUUAAGUGGAGAUGGAUUAAAGGUGUUAAGGGGCUAGUGCCCUCAAUAUGAAAUGUAUUGCUUUUUAAUACAUUUAUAAAUGAAUUCAUUUAAAUAUUGUUAUAAUUGCUUUUAAUUAUUAUUGAUCAAUUUAAACAGUUAAUUGGGUAAUUAUCUGCUGAAGCAUGACGCGAUCAUUGAGUAUUAUUAACGGUCAAUUAUUACACACGUAAUAAAGGACAAUUAUGCAUAUGAUAAGGAUCAAUUGUGAUGCAUAUGUGACACCUGCUGGCCUGGAAGGUGAAUCACGGGCACGGUGAAGCAACAACCAAUCAGAGAAGGAGGUCUAUCUGGGGCAAAGGUAUCGGGUGGGGCUAGCCGAGAUACUCCGGGAACCUGCUCGAAGGUUCCACGAGAGGGCGUGGCCGGAGGCGGGGCUUAGCCAUGCCUGGGGGGAUAUAAGGGGGAGCGGACCCGGGGCUCGUGUGUCGGGUCUUGGGUCCUGGCUGCGUCGCUGCUCGCCAACAUCUCUCUCCGUCGUCCGGUCACGUGGAAGAUCUGCGUGGUUUCCAUCGCCGUCAUCGUCACGCCGUCAGCCAGCGGUGUAGCCGAGUGAGGGCGAUGGGACCACGCCGAGUGAUCGGCUGUGUGUAGCCAGUAAAGACGUGAAUAUCUAGUGUUGUACACCGUGUGAGGAAGAAUAAAUGUUGGCCUGUGUUGUGUCCAGUGUGAGUAAUAAAGUAGUGCCCUCUG